GGAGGACGAUCACAUAUCUGAGGCCGGCUUGAAUGACUUUAGGCCGAUGCCAAGAAAUCUCUUUGUAGGAGGAGCCGAACAGGAUCACCUAAGUGAAACGGAUGAUGAAAGAACACAAACUGGGUAUGCAACCCAGCCUGAACAGUUCCAAGCUCCAACAGGAACGAGGCAAAGAUCUGCCAGACCGAACAAUUCACAGCGUGAACGACCUGAAAGGUCAACAGAACCUGCUCGGACAACCAAGCUCGAAGAGAGAACCAGAGUUCUCGAAAUGGCAAUGGGAAGAAUCCUUGCCCGCUUAAUCCCUGAUGACCCCCUGAUUCCUUUGCUGAACAAGGAUGCACAACCAGCUGCGGUUGUUGCGACUAGAAACUCCCCCGCUCUAAGCAAUAUAGUAGUGCCGACCAGGCCGAGGGGAAGUGGGAAGUUGAAUAUCGAGCCCAGCUCGUCCAAAUACAGUGAAGAAUUGAUGAGAAAGAAUGCAGACCUUGAAAAGCAACUGCGGGAUGUACAGAAAUCCAUCGACGAGCUGAAAAGCCCCAGGUCGCACCAAUUGACCUUGGAUUUGGAUAGUGCUCCGCUGAACCUAUCCAUCACAGCAGAACCAUACCAAGAGGGAUUCAAAAUCCCCCACCUAGAGACAUAUGAUGGCACGAAAGACCCGGAUGAACAUCUACACACCUAUCAAGCUAUCAUGAGGAUUCAAAACGCCAAUGAUGCCAUGAUGUGCAAAGUGUUCCCGGCAACCCUGAAAUCAACGGCCAGAAGAUGGUAUCACAAACUUCCCAGACAUUCAAUAGAUUCUUUUUCCCAGCUCGCCAAGCUAUUUUCUAACAAAUUUGCGAGCCAAAGGGAGAUCAAGCGCACAGCAACUGAGCUGAUGCAGCGUGGCCGGUUCCUAGACGACCUGCUAGAGAAUCCACCGAAGACGUGGAACGAAGUGAAUGACAGGUCAGCCAGCUUCAUACUGUCAGAGGACUUUCAGUCGUCCAAGCGACGAGCUAAUGAUAAGCCGAACAGAGGUCAGGAACAACCACCUAGAAGAGAAGAGAAGAAGAAGCAGAAGGUCGGUGAGCAAUGGGGGAAACCAGCUGAGUUCCCGAAAUACGCUAGUUACAUUCCUUUGACCCUACCUAGGUCUCAAAUCCUGGCACAAAUUCAGCACUGGGUUAGGAGGCCUCCACCCCCGUUGCAUGAUUCCCCGAGGGCAGAUAAGAGCAAGCACUGUGACUACCACCGUGCGUACAACCGACCUCAAGGACAGAGGUACCAGCAUGAUGGGACACAGGAUGCAUAUCAGGAUAACCAGUAUCCUACUGAACAGAGCAGAGUCUACCGAGGACGUCCUUUCAACAGGAGAGGGCAGGGACCGAGAACUACCGCUCCGAAUCAAAAAGACAAGAAAGGGGUAGGUUAUGCUGGGAUACCCCCGCCUUCUGGUACAAUAAACAUGAUAUCGGGUGGUGUUCACUCAGGGGGCCAAAGCGCCCGAGCUCGCAAGGCAUAUGCCCGUCAGGUGAUGACCGUCAACAAAAACAGACCAUUGAAACGGCCGUUCGAGGAAGCAGAAUGGGAAAAUACACCCAUUACAUUCAACCCGGCAGAUUACAAGCGAGCAGAAGGAGAGCCCGACAUUAUGAUGCCCCAUGCGGAUCCCUUUGUGGCAACAGUUCAUAUAGGCAAUCAUAAUGUCAAUAAGGUGUUUAUUGACACUGGCAGUUCGCCAGAUAUCCUAUAUUGGGGUUGCUUCCAGAAGAUGCAGCUAAAUCCGAGCUUGCUGCAGAGACAUGAAGGCCCUAUAUAUGGGUUCGACAACCAGCCCGUCCCGGUUGAGGGAGUUAUUACUCUUCCUAUAUAUGUGGGAUCAGAGCCGCGCUUCAGGAUGGCUUCUGUCACCUUCCUGGUUGUUAAGAUGGAGUCAGCCUUCAAUGCUAUAUUAGGAAGAGCCACCCUGUGCGAGCUGAAGGCUGUUAUCUCACAGCCCCACCUCUGUAUGAAGUUCCCUACUCCCCAAGGGGUAGGAGUGCUGAAAGGGAAUCAAAAGAUGGCUAGAGCCUGUUAUCAAGACACGUUCAAGAAGGUCGAGCUCGCAGCAACCCCGGCAAGUGCUGAAGGUCGCAAGCCCACCCAGCUCGCUCAGCAGACAAUGAGUAUAUCAGACAUUGAGCAUCGACCUGAGAGUGUCGAGCAGAAGGCAGAGCCAGUAGAGCCAGUGGAAACGGUGCCGUUAAACCCGGAUGUGCCGGAGAGAACAGUGAAGAUCGGCACCAAACUCACAGAAGAAGAACGAGCAGAGCUUCUGGAGUUCUUGAGGGCCAAUCAAGAUGACCCUCAUCCCUUGCCAAACGUUGAGAAGUUGGUGGAGCGGGCAGCUGGGCAUGAACGGAUGAGUUUUCUUGACGCCAGCUCGGGCUAUCACCAGGUUCAGCUGCUGUUGGAUGACCAGGAUAAAACAGCUUUUUACGCGGGAGACGCUAUCUACUGUUAUGUCAUGAUGCCAUUUGGCCUCAAAAAUGCUAGAGCAACAUACCAGAAACUGGUGCAAAUCGUCUUUAAGCUCCAGAUCGGCAGGAACAUAGAAGUAUAUGUAGAUGACAUGAUAGUCACCAGCGUGCGAGCUGAGGAUCACAUUGGCGACCUGGAUGAAACUUUUCAGAAUCUGCGCCGAGCACAAAUGAAGCUGAAUCCCUUGAAAUGUACAUUUGCUGUAGAGUCGGGAAAAUUCUUAGGAUACGUAGUAUCCAAGAAAGGAAUUGAGGUAAAUCCGGAAAAGGUUGAGGCCGUUCAGCAGAUGGAGCCACCAAGAACUGUCAAAGACGUGCAGCAUUUGACGGGCCGUGUUGCUGCGCUGCACAGGUUUGUAGCCAGAUCGGCAAAAAGAUGCCUUCCGUUUUUCAAAGCUCUCCGGGAGCCUAAGAACUUCCAGUGGACUAAUGAAUGUCAACAAGCAUUUGACGAGCUCAAACGAUAUUUGGCAUCCGCACCCCUGCUGUCCAAGCCUGUCGAGGGAGAGUGUUUGUAUCUUUAUCUGGGGGUAACAGAGGAAGCAGUGAGUUCAGUACUACUGAGGGAAGAAAAUAAACAUCAGAAGCCUAUCUGCUACGUGAGUAAGGUGUUACAAGGCGCCGAGCAGAACUACCCACUAGCAGAAAAAGCUGCUUUUGCCCUGGUUUCCACAGCUCGUAAGUUGAGAACCUACUUCCAAUCACACCAGAUUGUGGUGUAUACUGAUUUCCCGCUAAGGAAAAUACUGCAGAAGCCAGAGCUCUCUGGUCGGCUCAUCGGAUGGAGUGUCGAACUGAGUGAAUAUGACCUUAAGUUUCAGCCGCGCACGACUAUAAAAGGCCAAGCUGUGGCAGACUUCCUAGUUGAAUGUGCCCCGGUGGCUGCGAAAGAAAAGGCACCUGAACACCCACUUUGGGUUUUGUAUGUGGAUGGAGCUACUAAUGUUGAAGGAUCUGGUGCUGGAGCUGUAUUGCUGAGCCCUGAUGGUUUCAAAUCUGAGCAUGCGCUGAGGUUUAAGUUUCAGACGACCAAUAAUGCUGCAGAAUAUGAAGCCCUCAUAUAUGGAUUGAAGCUGGCGGCCGAGCUGAAGGUACAAAGCAUUCAGGUUUUUAGCGACUCUCAGCUCGUCGUCCUCCAGGUGAAUGGCAGUUGCGACAUAAGGGAUCCCCAGCUCGGUCGCUAUGCUUCUGUGGUCAACAGAUUGAAGUCCAGGUUCGCUUCAUUUCAGAUCGACAAAAUACCGCGAGCAGAUAACCAGCGAGCUGACGAGCUGUCAAAGUUGGCUUCCUCGCAGGACAUUAACCCUCAAAGAUCAACAAUCGUCGAGGUGCUUGACGCACCGAGCUACACUGAUUUCACAGUCGAGUGCCAAUUAUUGAGUACAGACCCCUCUACACCGACCUGGACCACCCCGCUUAUGAAUUAUCUACAAAGUGGCGAGCUACCCCAAGACCAGUCCGCCGCAAAGGUGAUUAAACGCAGGGCGGCACAUUUCACUGUGUUAGAUAACCAGCUCUACAAGCGAGCAGCCUCGAUGCCCCUAUUACGCUGCCUUACUCCUUACGAGGCUGAAUACGCCGUUAGAGAAGUUCACGAGGGAGUAUGUGGCACGCACAUCGGUGGCAGAACUUUGGCUCGAAAACUACUGAGGCAUGGUUAUUACUGGCCCACUAUGGUCGAAGACGCACAGGACUAUGUCAAAAAGUGCCCGACCUGCCAGUUCAAUGCUGAUGAUAUUCACAUGCCAGGGGAAAUGCUAUCAUCUCUUACGUCUCCCUGGCCUUUUGCUCAAUGGGGCGUCGACCUGCUCGGCCCCUUCGUCAAAGGCAAAGAAGGCUGCACUUUCCUGGUCAUUGCGGUGGAUUACUUCACCAAGUGGAUAGAAGCUAAACCAUUAUCCACGACAACAGAAAGGAAAAUCGAAGAAUUCUUGUUCAAUUCCAUAUUGUGCAGGUUCGGCAUACCUAAGCGGAUUAUCGCCGAUAAUGGGCCACAGUUCCGAGCCGCAGCAUUGAGAUCGUUUUGCAAUGACUAUGGCAUCGAGCUCACAUUGACAUCCGUGUAUACUCCACAGUCCAACGGGCAAGCUGACCUGGCCUAUGGAGCUGAAGCCGUCAUCCCAGUAGAGGUUGGAUUGCCAUCUGAUCGAGCAGGCCGGCAUGACGAUCUCAACAAUGAGCAACUUUUGAGAGAAAACCUGGACUUCAUAGAAGAGGUCAGGGAGAUGUCCAGAAUAAGAAACGUGGCACAUCAAAAUCGUGUUGCAAAAUUUUACAAUAAAAGGGUUCGAGCUCGCCAGUUUCAAGUUGGCGAUCUGGUUCUACGCAAGGCUGGGUUAACUAACACUUAGUCACACUUGGGUAAGCUCGCUCCUAAUUGGGAAGGUCCCUAUAUGGUGGUUCGGGUUAAGCGACCUGGUUCUUACGUGUUAGCAGAUAUACACGGGCAUCAGUUACCUUACCUUUGGAAUGUACAGAAUCUUAGGAAGUUUUACAGUUAAUGU